GCGCGCCACCAUUAUGCGAUCCAUUCGUCGCACAACGGCAGAAGUUUUUCAAUUUUGAAAUUUAAACUCAAAUGGAAAGUUUCAUGAUCGUGCAUGUUCUAAUUUUAAAUCAAACCCCAAACUGUUCAACGUUAAUGAAGUUGGCAGUCUAGGUUCAGGGGUCCAUUUUCCAGAAAGCGCAGUGUCUCCCUCACUUCGGCCUCGUCAGUAAGACCGCGACGGCUCCAGACACCGACCUCGCAGGCGGCAGGAAGCGUGUGGCAAUGUCGUAGAAGCCGCACUAACGUCGGAGAGUUGGCCCUGAGAUAGCCAGCAUGCCGGUGUGCAAGUAUUUCCUGGAGGGUCGCUGCCGCUUCGGGGACAAUUGUUGGAAUGAACACCCACGAGGUGCCGGGCGGGCACAACCCAACACAGCUUACAGAGGAACCUGGGGAAAUCAGUUCCAGAAACAUCAAUCUAGUUAUAUCCAGCCAUCAAAUUUCUACAGACCGGCAACAUGGGGAGGAGGUGGCAGGGAUGUUGACAGAAGAGGAUUUGGAUCCGCAGACACUGGGAAGAAAGCACCUUCGAGUUCUGGAAGCUUUCUGCAGAAUAGGUUUACAACUCUCUCCAGUGAUGAUCAAGAUCGUGAUGUGGAGAAUUUAUUAGAAAUCGUAAGAAAAGACAUUGAAGCAUGGGAAAUCUCCGGCCAAUGGAUAUUUUCCUGUUAUUCUGUUGCCAAAGAAUAUGCUUGUGUUUCAGGUCUUGUGGACAUCUCCCCUGAAGAAUUGCGAAUGGAAUACUACAACAGUAGGGCAGGAGGCAGCUUACAAAACUAUGCUGACUCCAUUCAACAGUUAUCAAAUCAGCAGAGAAACAGAAUGCUUGAAAUAAAGAAGCCAAAUUCAUCUGUAAGAAGUUCAAUGUGUACUGAAUUGAGGAAACCUAACCAACAGAAACCUGCAACAGGAUUUGGUGGGAUGCAAAUUUCAACUUUUGGCUCAUCAGGUUUUGCCUCCAGCUCUGUAAACAGCAGCACAUUUAGUUUCAAACCCAGUGCUGGAUUAAGCAAUACCACAACAGCAUCAGGGUUUGGAAGCUCCUCAACACCUCUGGUUCCUCCUCUGUCAGGAUUUGAAACCAAACCAGCUUCUUCCUCUUCUGUAUUUGGAAACACAUCUACAUUUGGAGCUCCCACUUCCACUUCAGCUUCAGCCUCUGGUGCAUUUGGUAUUUCCGCAACCAGUCCUACUCCUGGUACCUCUGUGUUUGGAAGUUCUGCUCCAUUUGGAAGCAACUCAACAACAGCUCCCACUGGGUUUGGGAGUUCUGCAUCUACCUGUGCACCGACACCCUCAGCAUUUGGAAGCACUGUAACAACAACAACAAAUGCUUUUGGGGGCAACAUAACAACCAAUGUUUUUGGGAGCACUGCGGUGUCAGUAUCUCAGUCCCAAAAUAUUUCUUUAAGCAAUAAUUCAGUCAGUGGAUAUGAUAAGUUGUAUACACCACGGACUGCGCUCUCAGCAGAUGACCUACAAGAAUUUGAAGCAAAGAAGUUCACACUAGGAAGGAUCCCUUUAAGGCCACCACCCAUUGAACUUCUUAAUGUGUAAAUCUGACUGACAUUAAAUGUAGUUGCAUUGAUUAAUUGCCAUGAUACUUCAUUGAACAAUGUGCUAACUGAGACUACAAAUUAAGCUUUCUGAAUUUGUUUUAAUUAUUGGUAAAUUUGCUGCUAUUAUAAGCAAUCGUAGGGAUUUAACAUUGUAAUAUUUUAUUGGAUAAAUUAUUACUUUCCAUCCUUUUUCCAUCUCUUCACCACCUCCAUCCCAAAAUUGACGAAUAUGUCAACUUCUAAUUGGAAAAGUCAAAAUAAACACACCUGUGGUUAUUUCUAUAUCAGAAAUAUAUGCUGACCAGGGUGAGAUGUGCAGCCUAAUAACUGGUUCAUUUUGUACCAGUAUCUGGAAAAAAAUGAAUAAAUCGAUGACCAAAGGCUGUUGAAUGCUGCUGGAACCUGGAGCAGUAACUGCAAGAUGCUGAGUUUUCACUGGAAACAGAAAACAUUUUACCCUGUAUUAACUUUGUCAAAGCUUCUCUUGAAUGACCCAUAGGAUGAAUUAUUUCAACUAGUCAAAAACAAUUUAUAUCCUGUAUACAACUUUAUGUAAAAAAAAAAAGCAUAUAAAUGCACUGUAUAUUUUUAUUCUUAAACUAUAUGUACAAUACCCAUUGUAAUUAUUCCAGUAAGAAUUUGCAUAACAUUUUACAACAAUUUAUUUUAAAUUUCAUUUAUAAAUAUGUACAUUAGGGGUGAUUCCACAUUUUGAUGCUUCCUACUAGGAACACUGGUUUGUGUAGUUACCCCUACUAAGAUAUAUAACAUUUGCUAAUGGUAUCCUUUAUAUCUAACAAAACCUGAUAAUCAUCCAUUCCCACAGAGUUUACUGCAUUUUUGUUUCCUUUGAGUGUUUUAUGAUUGUGAAUUUGAAGCAUAUAUAGUUUUAAAUAUUCAUUCUUGUGAUUUUAAUUAUUGCAUGGCAUUGAUUCUAGACCUGUGCAGUCAGAAAGGAAAACAUAUUUUUUUUUUUAGAGUAGUUUAACAUAUUAUUAGGAAGUAUCAAAGCCCUUCACACUCAGUGAAUUACUGGUAAUGAUAGAUAAAUGUUCAUCUACAAUUGUAUGCAGAUAGUUUUGCUUACUUUUCUGCUUUUAAUAUCUUUAUAUGUACAAACUGCUAUUUAGCAAUUCAGAAUAAAGUGCCAAGUACAGAA